AUGAACUCCCCCGAACAACCUCCGGUUUCUGAACCCCUGCGUCCGACUGCCAUACCUAUUGCGCAAAUCUCGCCGGACGCCGAUCGGAUCUUAGAACGCUCAAUACACGCGAUCGUUACCCUAGUAUGGCCUUACUCGUCGUCGAACGAAUCUCUCAGCCUUUUGUUAGCUGAGCCCGACUUCCGCCUCCGACGAAACAAUGGUCAAGUGAAAGUGGUCUUUCGUGGAUGUGCUGCAGAAGCGGUAGCCAAGUCUCAAGUUGGAAUCGGCGACCAUGUUUAUCUAGGCUUGGCUGGGUCUAAAUUCAUGCCCAGUGAGGCAGUAGCUCAGACGCCUGGAAAGUGUGUGCCUUGGGAUGUACAACUUGAUGAUCGCGUGCUACUUGAGAUCUGGCGUUCGUCUCAACACUUCUCGACCGUGAAACUUGACCCUUCUACAGCUCCAAGCCAGAACACAGAAAAUGCGAUUGCGCCGCCAGCUACACCGAUUGCUAAUGGACGUGUUGAGUGCACCGAGGCGACUUUAGCUGCUACACUCGAAGCUUGGAGAUCUCCCGCCUUCGUGGAGCGAACACGUACAUCGUUCGGUGGUCUCGUGGAUUCGGCCUAUGAUCCAUUCGCUGAAGAAGAUGGGUUUGUUCCUGGCAAAGGCCGGAAACGACCUCGUUUUAGCUUUCGAGGCGCCGAUUGGCGUGUCAUUGACGAACCCGCAAGUCCCGGAGAAAAAGAGGUACCAGCAGAUUGGACGUGGAUGUUUGAAGAAGACGGAACUCACGAGCCCGAUAUUGGUGGAGAAUAUCGUAUAGACAGCGCCACAUUACCUCAAGAGAUUUCCACAGCGACCGCUACGGUGCCAAAUGCUCCAGUAGGCGCCGAUACCGUCGCAAAGGUCGGCCAUGAAUCACUUGAUGUUGGUUUAAUGAGCACAGAACGAAUGGCCGAACAGCCAACCAGGCCAAGUCAUGAAUUUGCUCAACCACUACGUGCGCCUGGAUUUCCCCAACACUUUGCCAGACAGCAAUUUUCAGGUCCCGAUUUCCAAUAUCCAACAGACACGCCACGCCUGUAUCCUAUUCCUUCUCCAGGACUGCCGAUUCCAUCACCACUAGUCACUAGGUCGAGUAGUGCUCAUGACUACUUUCCACCGGUUGCUUCCAAUGUGCAAACUUCCUCAGAUCAAUCCGCUGCAGAGGGAGAAGUAGUGGAGAUGGAAGAAGAAAAUAUCGUCAUAUCUAGUGUCCAGCCUGACGUUCCCACGACGCAAGAGCUCCAACCGCUUGUUACGACUCCUCAGCAGGCCGUCGCAGGGAAUAAAUCGGUUUUAACGUCUCAAAACGCUUAUAUCGAUUUGGAAGCCGAAGGCCAAAGGGGUAUGAAGGACACUUCAGCAGCCGACGCCAUGCCCUUCGAGGAUGGAGAACCUGCGCGACACCAUGAAGAUGUUGAGAAACGGAUAUCCAACGUCCCGCCGGUCUCCUUGGAUCAGUCGUAUGCGGAGAAGUCCGCCGAGAUCGCGAGCCGCGAUAUUAGGGACGUUGCUGAGGAAGAAUCAGAACAAAGUGGCAUCGAUCAAGAGAUGGGAGAAGUCCAGGACGAAGAGUAUAAUGAAGGCAGCGAAGAUGAGUUGGAAGAACAGUCAGAAGUGGGGUUGGAAGAAGAGUCAUUUGAAGAGGAAUCAGCCGAAGAGGAAGAGGACGAAUUACUCGAAGAGUAUGGAUAUGAGGAUAUUCAAAAACUACGAAAUCAACGACCACCUGAUUCCUUCGGAAUCAAUGACUUUCACCAAGAUGGUACAAGGCGUUAUGAAGAUUCCGAGGUCGAGGAGGUUGCGAUUGGUACCAAAGCGUUGGAAGACGAUGAUGGGUCCGAUUCCGGAUCUGAGGCCUCUUCGGCUGCAGAACGACAGGCUGCUGAAGAAAGGGUUCAUCCCCAUAAUUUUGAAGAGGAGAGCGGCGAAGACCAUGAAGGUCAUUAUGAAGACGCAGGAACGUUCGAUGAAGAAGACAUCGAGGGUGGAGAUGAGCGGGUGGAGGUGUUUGGGGAAGAAGAGGAUGAGGAGGAGGAAGAGGAGGAGGAAGAGGAGGAGGAGGAGGAGGAGGAGGAGGAGGAGGAGGAGGAGGAGGAGGAGGAGGAGGAGGAGGAGGAGGAGGAGGAGGAGGAGGAGGAGGAGGAGGAGGAGGAGGAGGAGGAGGAGGAAGACCAAGAAGAAUCGGAGCUUGAGGACGAGCGAGAGGCGUACGAGGAUGACUAUGAUCAUGUGGAAUCUGAAUCCGAGUCAUAUGCAGGUGCAGAUUCUGCAGCUAGGCCGGAGAAAGUUGUUCAUCCGGAGGUCAUUGUCUUGGACAGCGACAGCGAAGAUGAGGCUGUUGUCAGCGCCCCGACGCAAACUCAUACGCCAUCAGCCGAAUAUGCUGCUGCAGAGUCAUCUGCAGCAUCAGCUGAAGAGGACGAGGUGUAUGACAGCAGCUCUGUCGGUUCGGAAGCAGAAGAGUGGCCCGAAGAUGAGCUGGCUGAAGAUGACCAAACGGGGGAUGACGAAGCGGAAGAAGAGUCUAUGCAGGAUGAAAUAGCCGCGCGCGAUAAUGCUGAAGAUGAAAUCAUGGAGGAUGCGCCUUCAGAGGAGGAUUUCGUCGCAGAAGAGCGAAUGGAAGUCCAGGCAGACGGCGAAAAAAAUUCAGCUUUGGCGGAUGCAGUGCAGAGCCAAGCUCAGCAGAAAGCUGAUAAUGAAAAUGACUUUAUCUCCGACACACGUAACGAGGUGCCACAAGCAACUUCAGGUGUACCGCAAGGCCCAGAGGGCCAGGACAUCGACGAUCUUCGGGUCUCUGUCGCGCAAUCUACACAAGGACCUUACCCAGAUUCUGAAUCUGGCCGGCGGGCUCAGGAUUUAGCAAUUGAUCCUGAGUUAUAUCGACUAGGACGUACUGGCGAGGAUGAAACGCACAGUCCGGAGGCCGAUCCUCACGCUGAGCCAGGGCUGGAAAAGCCCCGUUUGGAGGAUGAGGGUAUCAGGGAGCCAUUCUCCGAUGGCACUGCCUCCCCACAACCCGUUGACAGCUCUGCAGAACUUGCAUCUCAUGUCCAGGAGCCUUCACCCCAUGCUCCACACUUGGUCACUCCGGCUGCUUCACAAUUGAUUGCGCCUAGUCAUCAUCUUCCUACCGCCAUUCCAAUCGGUGACUUUCUACCGACACCCGAACAGACACAGGAGGUAGCCCAAGGUCUCAGUACCCAAUACGAUGAUAACGCCGAUGCUCUGGCUCAAGCGGUGUUGCACAUAUCCACCACGUCCGUAGAGACUGAUGUAUCGUCAACAAACGAGUAUAAUGUGCGAAUGAGUUCGACUCUGGCCGAACAGCAACGGCAGACGCAGACCGAUGGGGUAUCUGUUCAUGAUGAAGAGUAUGCGGUAUCUUCCGGAGGAGACAGAAUCCCAAGUGAAGUUCAUGAUUGGGGGGUUUCAGCACAGUCAGUGGAGAGAAUGCCGUCGGUUGUAAAUCGUCACCAUCCCGGUUUGCGAAGCAAAUAUUCUUACUUCGCCCCUCUUGCUACGCUUAUCGACCAUUACAAUUCGCUGAUAGAUACGAUCUCUGUUGUGUCCGAGGUUUCUCCAACCAGUCAGGCCACUACAGGAAAGAAGGACUUCACAUUGGCACUCCAGGUUACCGACCCAUCGAUGGCAGGCACUAUCCUUCAUGCACAAAUUUUUCGCCCUUACAAAUCUGCACUUCCUUCUGUCAAAGAAGGCGACGCCAUAUUGCUUCGCAACUUCCAGGUCAAAAGCUUCAAUCACUCUAUGAUGCUUGUCAGCGUCGACACUAGCGCAUGGGCUGUUUUCCACAACGCCAGCAAAGAAGCGCAAGUUGCCGGCCCUCCUGUCGAAUACGGCGAUGAGGAAAGUGCAUACGCCACUGACCUACGGCAAUGGUAUCAUGAAGUUGGAAUUGCCAUGGUAGCGGAUUACCAGCUUCAGGCGUCGGUACAGACGGCUAGUAGAGAGGCAACGCCUGUCAGUAGUGUUGCGCACAGUGACGCGGGUAGCGUUGACUCGGCGACUCGAGAAGUACGUGGGGAAUCAUCUGUCUCUAACAGAGGCUCGAAACGGAGGAAAUCCCACCGGAGGAUAACAAUUCACGAAUUGAGGGACGGAAGAAGGUAUGCCGAGGUCGGAUCGCCGUCCGACAAAGAAAGUAUACAUGAACUCAGAGAUGGGACAGUAUAUGCGAAUCUCUGA